UUGUUUUUCAAGGGACAGCAGUCUUCUCCCCGCCCCCAUCCUCGAGCUACGCCAUCGCCUAGGUGUCCAACGUUUAAACGCAAUUCCGUAGUCGCAAUUCAAUCGGGCUAUUGUGAUUUCGCCGAAGGUUUCGCAGCUAUGGCAGUCCAGCAGGCGAUCGUAUUGUGUGGAGUUUUGGGGCAAUCAGGGGGGGGUUGAGGUGCAAUGAAGUGGGCUGGUCUUCGACUGAGGCGGCCUCGGAGAAUGUAAGAGUGGUGAAAAUGGCCAUGGGCAGGAAGAAAAAGGAGGAGACUCCAGGUAUGUAUGUUAGUUGCGGGGAUUAAGACCGUCAACGGUCUGACAGUCAAGCAGAUGCAGCAGCUGCGGAAGGCAUUGCCUCAGGACACCACUCUUAUUAUGGUGGCCAAGAACAAGCUCAUUGGCAAGGCCAUCGAGGGCACUGAAUGGGAGGAGGCUUUGAAACCCGCCCUUAAGGGCAUGAAUUCAUGGCUUUUUGUACAUACGGAGGAGAUUCCUGGUGCUUUGAAGCCCUAUCGUGACUUGCAGAAGGAGCUGAAGCUGGAGAACUACUUCACAGGUGUAGUAUUUGAAGGCAAGUUUUACACUCCCGAUUAAUUCAUGGCUAUAGAAUCCAUGCCUACCAGGGCCGAGCUGUACGCCACGUUGUUGGGAACAAUCCAAGCUCCUGCAGCCGGCCUUGUUGACUCAUUGCAAGCACCGGCUAGGGAUCUCGUGUUCACCCUCAAGGCUUAUGUUAAAGAAUUGGAGGGCACUUAAGCUCCUUUAUGUCAUCGGAAAAAUAUAGCUCCAUUUUUCGUUGUAGCUUCUCCUAAUCUCUCAUAUCAUCAGCAAUUAUGAAGGAAAUCUGAUCUGAUUUCGAAGAACACAAGGCUUCUUAAAUUUGAUUUGAACAGGAGUCAUAGUUUUAGGUUUUAUAGUGUGCCUCUUUUACUGACUAAGAAUGUAUCCAGACUCCUUAGUUUUGCCUUGACAUUCAAUUCCCAAGCAAUUCGACGAGUUCUGUGCCACCAGCGUAUUGCGUGUGAAAGAGGGCUUUCGGGUGGUAUUUCAA